AUGCUUCAUGGGCCGACUCAAGGCUUCGGGGUCCGUCUUCUGACUCGAGGCAGCUUCCUCAUGGUCCAUGGUACCAUGGCAGAUGAUCUCCGAAGUCGACUGAGGGCUGGUCUGUCAGGCGGAUUUGCCGUGAAUCUCAGCAUUUUGCAAGAGCUCACCUGA